AUGCCGAGGGAGAUCAUCACGUUGCAAGUUGGGCAAUGCGGGAACCAGAUUGGGUAUGAGUUCUGGAAGCAGCUCUGCCUCGAGCAUGGCAUCACCCAGGAUGGUCUUAUCCGAGACGACAUGGAAGUCGACGCUGGAGACCGCAAGGACGUCUUCUUCUACCAGGCUGACGACGAGCACUACAUCCCUCGAGCGAUUCUGCUUGACUUGGAGGAUCGAGUCAUCAAUGGCAUCCGCACUGGAGAGUACAGGAAGUUGUACAACCCCGAGAACUUCCUUGUUGAUACUCAGGGAGGAGGAGCUGGAAACAACUGGGCGAGUGGUUAUGGGCAGGCCAAGGACAAGAUCGAGGAUAUCAUGGACAUGAUUGAUAGAGAGGCGGAUGGAAGCGACAGUCUUGAAGGAUUUGUUGUGUGUCACUCUAUUGCCGGCGGGACAGGAUCAGGGAUGGGAUCAUACAUGCUGGAAGCGCUGAACGACAGAUACUCGAAGAAACUUGUCCAGACGUACUCAGUCUUCCCCAACGACGGGGAGAGCAACAGCGACGUGGUCGUUCAGCCCUACAACUCCAUCCUGACCCUUAAGCGUCUCACUCUAGAAGCUGACUGUGUCGUCGUGCUUGAUAACAACGCACUGAAUAGGAUUGCGACUGAGCGACUGAGGAUCCCGAAGCCGGACUUCACGAUUGUCAACGGACUCGUUUCAACCGUCAUGGCUGCGAGCACAGCAACUCUGCGAUAUCCUAGCUACAUGAACAACGAUCUUGUCGGCCUCAUCGCCUCGCUCAUUCCAACCCCAAGGUGUCACUUCUUGAUGACCGGCUACACGCCCAUGGCCUACGACUUGGUGGAAAGAAGCGUCAGGAAAACAACAGUGCUUGACGUGAUGCGACGUCUCCUUCAGAGCAAGAACAUGAUGGUUUCUACCAAGAUGCACAGCCAGCAGCCCGGGAGAAACCCUUGCUACAUCUCCAUCCUCAACAUCAUCCAGGGCGAGGCAGAUCCAACGCAGGUCCACAAGUCCCUACAGAGGAUCAGAGAACGAAAGCUGGCAAACUUCAUCCCUUGGGGUCCAGCCAGCAUUCAGGUCGCUCUGUCUCGUCGAUCCCCCUACCUGCCAGCCGGCGGACCCCGAGUCAGCGGCCUCCUCAUGGCGAACCACACGAGCAUCAGCUCCUUGUUCGAGAGGAUUCUCAAGCAGUUCGACCUUCUCAUCAAGAAGAAGGCCGGGUCGGUGGACGAGCUCAAGGACGAGUUUGACGACUCUCGGGAGAUCGUUCAGAGUCUCGUGCAGGAGUACCACGCGUGCGAGAGCCCCAACUACAUCGAGUGGGGGAUGCAGCAGCGAGGCGGGCCGUCGGACUAG